AUGGCUGCCCACGCUCUUGCCUGCACGGCCAACGCGUGCCUGCAACAGGUCGCCGGCAUUGUUGACAACAACCCGCUAGCUCAGUUUUCAGCCUGCGUGUCAAUGUUUGGAUCGCCAGUGGUGACAACUAUCCGCGAGGACUACUCUUCGGCCUGCGCCUGCAUCACGGCUGUGGCCACUACGCAAUCCAUCACGCUCCCCGCCGCAACCUCGACUUCGACUGUGGAUAUGACAGUGAGCGUUGCUGUCUCAUUGACAUCCCUGUCCAGCACCACGUCGGUGCUGACAAGCACGGUAUAUGUGACCACCCCUACGACGGUCACGAAGACAGUCACGACGCCCACUACAACAACUAGCACUGCUACUGCCACCGUUACCCUCGUCCCUGGCGGCCCGUGCGUGGCCAAUCCCGUCUGCGGCCCGGCCGGCUUCAACAUUGACUACUAUGAGAACGUGGCCGGCGAGUUCGCUUACAUCUGGGGUACCGGCAUUCUCCCUCCUUCCUACUAUAUCACCGAGGGUCUUAAUCCCCUGGAUUCCUCCCUCACCAAUUUGACCUUCUACCCGGAAAACGAUCGCCCAAGCGUCUUCCCUGUGAUCUACCCCUACGCUGAUCCUACCCAGGCAUACUACGUCGGGUGGACCCGCAGCACUAACGGCGGCGUGACGGUGGACGCCAAUAACUUUACUCUGGUUUACGAGGGUCUCUUCCGCGCGCCCGAGACCGGUUCCUACACUUUCUGCACGUCAGCCGACGACGAAAGCGAUUUGUUCUUCGGCCACGGCAAUGCCCUCAACUGCCUGGAUGGCACGGCUCCGGCCAGCGCAACACCGUUCCUCACGACCAAAGACCAGCCCAACUUAGGCCAGUUUAUUUGCCAGGAUGUCGCUCUGACGGAGGGCCUGUACUAUCCGGUCCGCAACGUCGUAGGGAAUGGAAUGGGGCCGUCAGCUUUCGGAUUUACUGUUGAGUUCCCAUCGAAUUCAAGCAACACGGACGAUUUCACGGGUUAUGCAUAUCCGCUUAACUGCGGAUCUUUUGCGUAA